AAAAGGAGAGCGAGAGAGGUGAUUAUCCAUCGAGGAGUUGUUCUUGGGAUGAAGACCAGUUUUGUGUUCUAUUGGGGGAAUUCGAUCGAGAACGCUGUGAAGACUAAUUGGAUCAUGUACGAGUAUGCCCUAGGCGAUCAUUUUAAGGCUUCUUUUGUACUGCAUCGGGUAUUUGUAAGAGGUUGGGGACUUGGCAUUUCGGGUAAUGGCUUAAGUGCUUAUGGUGACGGAAGUGUCUCAGCAGUAUGCCAUAAUGGCAAUCAGCAAGAUGGAAUUCCAGUAACCAAUGGCAUCGCAGGACAUGAAAUGGGUUGUGCGGAGAAGCCAAAUUGUGUGCUCGUUACAGAUCCUGUUACCACUUUGCAAGUCCCAUCAGAAGCUUACCCUUGCGGGAUGAUGGCUCCCUCGCCUGUAACCCCUACUGGUUCAAUCUCUAUUAUGGACGGAGAUUUUAUAGAAUUAAACGAUCUUGAUGAUCAGUUGGAUCCGGAAGAUAUCAGUCGAUGAGUGUUAAUUCUCAGGCUUAUUCCUGCCUGACGUUAGAUUUCAGAUGGGGUACAAAUUCUUCAGGAAAGAGACACUGUGUACUAGUGUUACUGAACCAUCUCUUAAAUGCGAAAGAAACUCUGCCUUGGAGUUAGCAAGAUUGCAUAAGGGAGGGGAGCAAAUUGCCGGUUGAGGUAAUAGAUUGCUUUUCUUUAUGCUGUUUGCUUCAGUUUAUUCUUCCCCUGAUGUUUCAGGGAAUGAUUAGCUUUUCUUUUUGUUUUUUUGUUUGUUUCUGUGAAUGUAAAUUUGAAAUUGGCUAAAUGUUUGGCAUUUUUGUUCUGAUAAACAAGGGGAUGUUGAUUUAUUCACCCAAAUUGGAAGAAGACAUGAGUGUUGGUGUAAUUAAUGCUAUUCUGCAUAAUAAUCCAUUUUUGCCAAUUGUUGCUAUUGGCUAAUUGUAGGCCUUUCUGUAAA